AUGUCUAGUGGUCUCUGUAUUGAACUGAGGCUUUAUAUGUCAAUGCCGCUUUUGAGGAGAAAGCAUUUUGCCUUGACUGAGCCACCUAAUGAUCUGGUGCCAGGAGAGAGUCUCUUUCAAAUUCGGUUUACCAAAGAAAUAUUCCGAGAUUAUAAUGAUUAUUUGAAACGAUUAAAUCAAUACCGUCAGAGGGUUUGGACAUGCAAAGUAACUGGAAAAACUGGCUUAACUUAUGAAGAGGCGCUGGUGUCAGAGAAGCAUGCUACUGGGAAAGUUCAACAGAUUCCGGAAGAAUUAGUCGCACCUGCACUUAGGAUUAUUCAGUACAGCAUGCUCCCUUUGAAGGAUCUUGCUGAUUCUAUUGCUGAAAAGUUGCAGAAGUUGUUUGUGGGCUCUCAAUUGUAUGGAAAAAAGAAUGACAGACUGCUUCCUUGCAAAAUAUUAAAGGCGAUGCAGGAAGAUGCUGAAAAUGUCAGCUAUCUGGUCGCUUGGCUUGAUGAAAGCAAUAAUGUUAUUGAAAGAGCAGAAGUCAGUUCUCGAGAUUUGGUACAGAAGAAGCCACCUUUUAGUAGAAAUCUUUUGAAGUAUUUUAUCCGUGAAUGUACAUAUCAAAAUGCUCCUUGGGUUUUACACGAUAAACUUGCAAAAAAACAUGGAAUCUCAACUGACAUUCCAGAGGAGUUAAGGGGAAAGGUUUCCAUUAACAAUGGACUUGUGGUCUUCACUAAAAAAAGAAAAAAUGAGGAAGAGUCAAUCAAAUAUCCAAUUGAUGAUCUAUUAGUGAAGCCUAGUCCAGAUGAUCCUGUUUUCAGUAGUCGUCCUUCUCCAUCAAGAGACUUUAAUGUUCCAAUUUAUUGUGUAGGGGAUCUCUUAAUGGUUUGGGAUUUUUGUAUGUCUUUUGGUAAACUGCUACGAUUGUCGCCUUACUCGCUCAAAGAUUUUGAAAAUGCAAUCAGCCACAAGGAUAGCAAUGUAGUUCUCCUAGUGGAAUCUCAUGCAGUACUCUUUCGUGUGCUCAUCAAAGGCAAUUAUGAAUACUCUGCAGCUGUUCAAGAAAAAUUACGGAAGAAGAUUACAAUGAUUAGUUGGAAAGACUAUUUAUGUGAGUUUUUAGAAAUGAUCAAAAUUCCCAAGCUGCUGCAGUACGAAGCAACAAUUAAACGGGGACAUUAUGGCUACAUAGAUGUCAAUGCUAAAAUAGAAAUCUUUCGUGAGUUAGUCAAUCGAGCCCUUGAUACUGCUACUGUCAGGGAAAAAUUGGAUGACUUUAUUGAACAAAGGCGGGUACUGGGGGCUGCUAAAAGGGAAGAAGCAAUUCAAGCUGCUGCGAAGAAAAGAAAAGUAAACGAGCACUUGAAAGCUGAUUCUGGAAGCGAAUCUGGUCAGAAUGGGCAUCAUCUUGAUCAGAGUGCAACCGUUUCAAUGAAUAAUAAUCACAGUAUACAGAAUGGUACUAUUGGAAAAAAUAGAAUCAGAGAGAUAGAAUCAUCUUGGCAAAAAGAUGUAUUGGAUAGUGGUAUCAAGUCUUCAAACCUUGCUUCAAAAAUGUCAGCUGAAAUGUUUGAUUCAGAGCUGAAUCAAUUAGCAGAAAUUGGAAAAGUAUCCAGAAAGGAAUCACAGAAACAACCGAAGGGUGAUAAGGAUCAACCAGAGAAAAACAACGAACAAAGGAGAGAAUAUUUUGAUCGGGAGAUAGAGAAAUGGUGUAUUCGUACAAGUUUCCUAGGUAUGGACAGAUAUUAUAAUAGGUAUUGGUGGUUUUACCGCGAUGGAAGGAUAUUUGUCGAAAGUCCUGAAUCCAAGGAGUGGGGAUACUACAGUAGCAAGGGAGAGCUUGAUGGAUUGAUGAGUUCACUGAAUUGCAAAGGCGAGAGGGAAAGGACACUGCUAAAACAACUGAAAAAAUAUUAUAGUAGAAUAUGCUCAGAACUGGAGAAAAAUUCAAAGGAUUUGAUGCAUAAGAUUAGCCUGGAUGACUCUGUGGUCCGAAGGUCUACUCGUGUUCGCGCUCCACCUAGGGAAAAUCCUGCCAAAGCUUUCCUCAGAUAUGUAAACAAGUGGAAAGAAGAGUAA